AUGAGUUACAGACCGUUGCCAAAUAUUAUUUUAACUGGUACUCCAGGAUGUGGUAAAACCAGCCAUGCCGAACUAAUCAGUCAAGAGAUUAAAGGUUUCAAACAUGUUAACAUCACAGAUUUUGCUAAAGAGAAUGAUGCUUACGAUGGAUUUGAUAAAGAAAGAAAUAGCCAUAUUGUCGAUGAAGAUAAAUUAUUGGAUGCAUUAGAACCAUUGUUAGAAAAAGGUGGGAUCUUGAUUGAUUGGCACGCAAAUGAUUUAUUCCCUGAAAGAUUGAUAGAUUUAGUUGUUGUUUUAAGAACUGAAAAUGGCAUUCUUUAUGACAGAUUGAGCAAAAGAGAUUACUCACAAAGUAAAAUUGAUGAAAACUUGGAUUGUGAAAUAAUGGAAGUUAUAUUACAAGAAGCUAGAGAAGCUUAUGCUCCAGAGAUCAUUGUGGAAUUACAAUCCAACACCACUGAAGAUAUAGACUCAAAUGUUGCACGUGUGAUAUCUUGGAUUGAUACAUGGAAAGUAAACAACCCUGAUGGUGCUUCAAAUGAAUUAGCAUUAUAA